CGUUUUGGCUCGAGCCUCUCCCAGGGCGCAGGCGGGGGCGCCGCCGAGAUGGACUUCGGCGGCGAUGGGACGGGCCGUGUCGCCGAUGUGUCAGUGGCUGUCGGAGCGGCCGCGGAAGGUCGUGUAUGCGGCCUGCGCGACGGCCGUCUGCUUCUCCCUCGGCGCUACAUUGCUGCUCCUGCGCCCCGCGCCAGCGCAGGAGGUAGCUGCUAGAGUGGCGCCGAGAGCGAAGAAGCCGAGCGCGAAAGCAGGACUCAGCCACGCGCAGAGGGGAUUCAGCUGGGGAGGACAAAACCAAUUCUACGUCGUGCGCAAUGGAAGAUACCACUACGCGGUAUGCAACGGGUUCACCAACCAGGUGCUCUGCCACGCAGGUCACAUCGCCGCAGCGAUGAGUAUGAACUUGUCGGUCGUCAUACCGGACGCCUUCAUCACGGACGGCACCCAGAGCAUUCCUGACGGGUCCGUUCUCAAGAACACGUUGCCCACGCCCUGGAAUUCCGUACCGUUGGGCCUCAUUUUUGACACCGAGGCGCUGCUGGAGCAAGUCCAGAAACUUGGGGGCAGCGCUACAAUGGGUAGCUACAAUGAGGUAAAUGUACCCGUCUGCUCGUUCCUGGACGUGCUGAAGAUUGCGCGUCACGAGGAUGUCGUAAAGGUGCUGAAGGCGCUGGUGCCCUCGGCGCGAAUGGCCGAGCUUGUGGACAGGAUACAGCCGCUGAUCGCCAAGCGCCUGUCAGUGGUCGCGCCCGACGACCGGCGGGCAAAGUCGCAGGGCGAGGGCAUCUGCUUCCACCACAGGGACGGCGAGGACUGGCACAGGCACUGCGACCAGUGGGAGAGGCUCAGCCCGCACAACGGGAACUGCCGCAGCCGGAGGCCCAUCUCGGAGCUGCUGGAGUACCGCUCGUCGCACCUCCGCAACAAGGGGAGGUGGGUCUUCUACGCUGGCGACCAUGCGGUGCCAGCCGAGCUUCAGCUGGGGAGGAUUCCCGUGGUGACCCGUGAGGAGGUGUUCCCCUCCGCGGAGAACGACAUCCCUGCCCACUUCGGGGGCCAGCCCGGCAGCCGGCUGCACAGGGACUUGGGUGCGGCGUUGGAUUUUUUCCUGUGUUCCAGGCUGCCCCACUUCGUGGGCAACUCGGUGUCCACGUGGAGUGCCGCGCAGAUCCUUGCCAGGGACUCGCUGGCCUCGUGGUACAACUCGCGCUUUAUCCCGCUGGCGGACUUCAUCAAGGGCUACGUGGUCCCAGUCGUGUACACCUACACUGAGAAGUCCUCCAGCAUGGGGAAGCUGAUGUUGCAGAUCACCCUGCUGACCACGCUGAGAUACAUGCGGGCCUCUGCCGUGCACGUCCUAUACCAUGGCAGCGAGGACACUGACUUCCUGUCCUGGCUGGCGUUGCAUGGCAUCACCGUCCACGACCACCAGCCGGUAUGGCUGCCCGCGGCCGAGCGGCUGCGCGAGGCGGGGCUGCAGGGUGGGGCGUUCCAGCGGCACCGGUUCCUCAGCGAGGGGAACUACAUCGGGACCUGGCAGCGAGUGGACGCCCCGCUGCACAUUUCCGCCGAAUAUUGUUUCCUUCUGGACUCAGACGCGUACGUAUUCCGGCAACCGACCUUCCACGACCUGGGACCGGACGUGACAGCCACUCUGGCGUUGGCGGCCGACAUGAACGAGAAUUCACGAGACCCGGGGGACGCUGGUGUCGUGCUGAUGAAUAUUCCAUUCAUGAGAGAAACCCUGUCAGACUUUCGCCGAUUUAUUUUCAGCCGCACGACACCGAAAUUCACAAGUGGCCAGGCCCACCAUGGAGCAUAUUUGGAUUUUUACGGAUCGAACAUAACAUAUUUGGAUCCCAAGUUCAAUUUCAAGACGACCUACCAGAACAUAGACACUUGGAAGAAGGCCUUCAUCGUCCAUUUUCACGGCCUGAAGCCGCACGACCAUUUGAGAUUCUGGUUUACGGGAACGUGUGAUCCCGCUAAGUGUUUUCUGUUGUUCCAGUUUGCCCACAACGUUCCUUUCCUGUGCGGCACGAUUCAGGCCUGGGCACGCGGGGCGAUGCGCAGUGAGCCCGGGCUGGUCAAGGCGUACUGCGAGGAGGCCACUCCCGGUCAAGUUGCUUUGUGUGUGGACUGGUUCAAGAACAUCACCGGCACUAAGGGCAUGGCGAGGAGUUGCAAGAAGAAGCUGAAGCAGGUGAUCGCCUCCCACGGGCUCAGGACGUCCGACUUCUCGGGGGCGUUUGCCCGCUGACCGGCGGGGAGCAAGGGGCGGGACGCGCGCCCGCUCCGCCCGCGCUCUCGUGCGGAGGCGCGCGGGAGCCGAGUCGCCUCGACGCCGCCCCCGCCCCCCCCGUGCGCCGGGGAGGCCCUCCGCGUGGGAGAGCGGAGAGCC